AUCUCAAGUCACUCAUAGCUAGAAAGCCAAACAUGGCUAGGGUUAGUGCACCUUUGUUUUACUCUUUGCUCUUGAUUUCUUCUCUUAUAUUGGCUUCUCAAACCCUUGUCUCCUCUAGGGAAUUAUCUAAGCCUUCCAUUGUUAAGGGACUAUCAUGGGAUUACUAUUUUCUCAAAUGUCCCAAGCUUGAAAGGAUUGUAAGGAAGCAUUUGGAGGAUGUCUUUGAGAAGGACAAUGGACAAGCUCCUGGUCUACUUCGACUCUUCUUCCAUGACUGCUUUGCUGAUGGAUGUGAUGCAUCUAUAUUGCUGGGGGAUGGAGACAACGAUGAAAAGAAACACGAUGCUAACAUUGGUUUAAGGGAAGAGGCCAUUCAGACCAUUGAAAACCUUCGGAUUCUUAUUUACAAACAGUGCCUACCAGUUGUCUCCUGCUCAGACAUCAUCAUUCUCGCAGCACGCGAAGCUGUUCGCCAACUAGGAGGUCCCGAUUUCGACGUACCACUGGGAAGAAAAGACAGCUUAACCUGGGACGCCGACGCACCCGAUAAUCUCCCAGCCCCAUUCUUUCUCACCGACGACCUCCUGGAAGUGUUCGGAGAGAAAAACUUCGACGCCUCCGAGGUUGUGGCUCUUUCGGGCGCACACACGUACGGUCGCGCCCACUGUCCCUCCCUGGUGAACAGAACCAAGGACCCCCCACCCAUCGACCCAGACUUCAAGAACAAGAUCUUCGGCACGUGUCCCAACGAGGCGUCCCCGAACACCGUCGAUUUGGAUGUUCGAACCCCCAUGAAGUUCGACAACAUGUACUACAUCAACCUCUUGAACCGCCAGGGCGUGAUGGUCUCCGACCAGGACCUCGCCACCCACCCCCAGACCAAGGAGAUCGUCAACCAGUUCGCUUCCGACCAGAAAGCGUUCUUCAACAAGUUUGCUGAUGCGUUUGUGAAGGUCAGCCAGAUCAAUGUCAUCACCGACCGUCAGGGCAAGGGGGAGAUUCGCGACAAGUGCUUUUUCCCCAACAAGAGGAGAAAGUCUUCUGUGGUGGAAGAAGUCGUCGAGUUGGCUGCGGAGAUGUGAGUUUAGUGUUUUCUCCAUGUCGUUGGGGUUCAUUUUGUGUUUGUAGUUGUCUAUCUUAAUGUCCGGUGCUUGUAAGGUUUGUCCGGUGUACUUGGUACUUUAAGGUUUAAUUUUCAUCUGUCUUGAAAUAAUGAUAAGUCGAUAGAAAUCACAUUUCAUGUGUGUAAACAUAAAUUAAUCAUUAGUUAUCGACUUUGAAGUGGUUCAGCAGUA